GGUAGUCAGGGUGUUUGCACGAUGGCGUGUGUGUUUGUGUAUAUUGACAGUUAAUGGAGGCGGGAUAUCGGAGGUGCAACCUGUUCGCCUGCUUCAGGUGAGGUGUUGGUCCACCUGCCUGCAGCUCCUCUCCUCAGUCACAACCUGCAGACAGACAGCAGGACUCGUAACUCUGUGCUGAAAACUCUUCGACGCAACACCAACACCGCGGAGGCCAACCAGCUGCCCGAUGGACCCUGAGGUUUAGUCAAAAGGGUUGAUUCAACGCCACUGACAGAGACUCAAGGUUCAUGCCGUCACACCGCCGGGGAAGAAGUGUCUCCGACGCCCUGACGCUGGAGGAGGAGGGCUUGUCGUUUCCAGCAUCAACAACUCAGCCAAUCAGGGACUGAGGGAAGGGGAUGAACUUUUGGGGGCAACAAUAAAUUUUGAUCAACAGUCAAACGCUGAGGUGUUGAAAGUACUGAAGGUGAUGGAGCCGUUUGACGACAAGGUCCGAGUCCUCACCAGGAACAACUUGAGCAAGAGCCUCGGAAACUUGGACGAGUGUUCCAAGAGUCCUGAGACGAUGCUGAAUGAUUCCUACAACAAACUCUACAAUGCCAAAAUCAGGAAGUUUAUGAAACGUGACUUGCUUGGUUCCAUGGAGAGCAUUGUGACCGGGGAGGUUUCCGCCAAGCCAACUGCACCAGGCUCAUCCAAGGUCCACCCAAAGAACAACAUGGGGUUGCCUCGCCUCGGAGUUGACUUUGGACUUAUGAAACCCAAGACUCUGACCACAGAUAUUGAUGAUGAUUCACAAUCUGAUGACGCUGGAGAACUAACAUAUGACAGCAAUCUGAACCUUCCACCGAUGGGUCUCGGGUCGAAUGGGAAUGCUCUAAGUGGAGCUCAGGUACCAACACUGAAAGUCGAUGCUAGAAAUCCACAGUUUAACGCUCCAGACUUCCAUUUGUCCGGAACAUUACCAGAGGGUCCAAACACUACAGCUGGUAUACAACUGCCAAACACUGAUGUAUACAAAAUGCCGAAAUUCAAUCUGCCAGACCUGGGCCUCUCUGGACCUUCUUUCAGUGGUUCAGAAGGUGAGGUCAAGACACCAGAUGUAGGAACCCCAGAUGGUCCCUCGGGUAAACUCGGUCUCAAGUAUUCCAAGAGACUGAAAAACCCAGAUCUUAAUCUGGACAAUCCUUCCGGUUAUGUAGAGACACCUAAACUCAGGCUGUCUGGGAGACCUACUGACUUAGACUUAGAAAUGCCAGGUGUUGAUGUAUCACAACUUGAUAUACAUGGGCCGGACAUUGACAUGCCUUCAGGAAAAGUCCAAAUGCCAUCGGUUGACACUAAAGUUCCAUCUGGAAAAUACAAAGCUCCUAAAUUUAAAAUCCCCAAAUUUGAUUUGCCACACUUUCAAGUUCCUGGUUUUGAUGGAGAUCUGAAGGGACCAGAUGCUGAUAUUCGAAGUCCGUCAGGAAAAAUAAAGAUGCCAAGUUUAACAAUGCCAGAUUUGGGACUGUCAGGACCAAAGCUUAAAGGGCUUGAUGGUGAGCUAAGGACUCCUGAUCUUGAUCUCUCAGCCCCCAAAUUCAAAGGAGCUAUUGGCUCCUCAGAUUUGAAUUUUCCUGAGAUGGACCUUGAAAAACCCAAACUAGAUCUUAGUGGACCAGACGUCGACUUAGAUAUGCCCUCUGGUAAAUUCAAGGUACCAGCAAUGAAGAAACCAAAUAUUGGCUUGAAUGCUCCUGAGAUGCAUAUUGAUGCUCCCUCAAGCAAAUUUAAAAUGCCAAAUUUGAACCUUUCAGGCAUAUUGCCUAAGGGUGGAAUUGAUGCCCCUGACUUGAGCUUACCAAACAUGGACUUCGAAGCUCCAAAGAUGCCAAAAUUUAGUCUUCCAAGCCUAAAAGGACCCGACAUCGAUGGUAAUUUCAAUGGUCCAGACAUCAAUGUUGAUGCACCCAAUGUCAAUCUUAAAGGUCCUAAAGCUGAUGUGGGAAUGCCAGAUUUUGAUCUAUCUGGUCCAUCGGGUAAAUUCAAAAAGCCAAAAUUUAACCUGCCUGAUUUUGGGCUUUCUGGUCCAAAGUUAGAUGGCCCUAACCUGGACCUCAAAUCACCUGAUCUCAAUUUCUCUGGCCCUAAACUCAGUGGUGGAAUAAAUGCACCAGACAUAAACAUGCCCAAGUUUGACCUCAAAAGCCCCAAACUGGACCUUAAUACCCCAAAGCUUAACAUGGACAUGCCAUCAGGUAAACUGAAUAUGCCAGAGCUUCAUUCUCCAGACUGGGAUGUUAAAGCUCCCUCGAGUAAACUGAAAAUGCCUAAAUUCAAUCUUUUUGGUACAUUACCAAAAGGACCAGAUAUGGACAUAAACACAGAUCUGAAUUCACCAGAUCUGAGUCUGAAAGCUCCAAAGAUAAAGGGUGGAAUUGAUGCCCCUGACUUGGACUUACCAAACAUGGACCUUAAAGCUCCCAAGUUCAAUGUUAACACUCCAGAUGUUAACAUUGGUUCACCCAAAGCAAAAUUCAAAAAGCCCAAAUUUAAGAUGCCUAAAUUUAGUUUUCCAAGCCUAAAAGGACCUAAGAUUGACGGAAACUUUGAUGGCCCAGAUGUUAGUGUAAAUGCACCCAAUAUCAACCUCAAAGGUCCAAAUGCUGAUGUGGGAAUGCCAGACUUUGAUAUUUCUGGUCCAUCGGGUCCAAAGGGACCAAAUAUGGAUAUAAACGCUGAUCUUAAAGCUCCAAAGAUAAAGGGCGGAAUUGAUGCCCCUGACUUGGACUUUCCUAAAAUGGGCUUUAAAGCUCCCAAAAUGCCACAUUUGAAAAUGCCUGAAGUUAAUCUACCAAACCUAAAAGGACCUGAGAUUGAUGGAAACUUCAAUGGCCCAGACAUCGACAUCAAUGCACCCAACAUCAACCUUAAAGGGCCCAAAAGUGACUUUGAAAUGCCAGAUGUUGGUUUUGGCAGCCCAUCUGGAAAAUUAAAAAAGCCACAUUUGAAAAUGCCUGAUGUGGGGUUUUCUAGUCCAACGUUAGAUGGCCCAAACUUUGACUUCAAGUCACCAGAUUUUAAUCUCAAAGCUCCAAAAUUGAAAGGUGGAAUCAAUGCCCCCAAAUUUGGAUUACCGAAAAUGGACCUUCAAGCUCCCAAAGAACCUUCUUAUAGGAACCGCAGAUCAGAUAUCCCAGGGGUUAACAUGAGAAUGCCCGACCUGAACGUAGAUGGAGAUGUCAGACUUCGUCACACUGAUAGACAUCCAACUACGCACAACGUGAGGUCCAGCUACCCUCAGGUGGAUGCUGGUUUCGGCCACCACGUAGAUUUCCACCGUCCAGAUCUCAACAUUGAUGAUUUCACAGGAAGGGAACAUGUGCUUAGAUCAAGAGCUUACUGA